AUGGUAGUAGAUGUAGCAGCAACAGAUCAAGUAUUAGCUUGUCUUAUGUCUUCCCCUCAAUCUAAAUAUUCAUGGCAUCUUUAUCUAACAAAAAUAGAUAAUAAAAUUAUUAUUGAUAAAUCUAAUGGAUCUAUUCUUGAUAUACUUACUGUUAAUGAGACAAGUGCUGAACCACCUAUGCAAGAUGCAGAGAAUCGGCUAAAUCGUCCUGCAGCAUUAGGGUUUGAGGCUGUUCGUAUAAAUCAGAAUUUACGGCAACAAGUAUUGGUGCCUGGUGCAGCAGCAGCAGAAUUCCCUGCUCCUCCUUUUGUUGAGGCAGGGGAUACACCAGCUACUAUUGCUUAUAGAUAUCGACUCUUCACGAUUCCUCCAAGGGCAGGACCUAAUGCAUCUAAGCGCCCCAUUAAUAUUCUAACAAGAGCUGAGGUGUAUGCUAAGUCUCCUGUAGAGAGAGCAGAUCUAAAGGAGACAAGAGAAGGAGACAGUUUUAUUGUUGAUGGAGGAGGAUACAUAUAUACUUGUGCUCUUAAUGAGAUCGAGCCUAAAGGUCAAAAGAGUUGGCGUACAUUAUUAGAGAGCCAACGUGGGGCUUUAUUAGCAACAGAAGUAAGAAAUAAUGCAUGCAAAUUAAGAAAGUUUGUUACUUCUGCUAUGAUUGCUGGCUGUGAUGAAUUAAGAUUAGGGUUUGUUGCAAGAAAACAUCCUAAUGAUAAUGAGCAACACUUAAUACUAACUGUACAUAAUUACCAGACCCGGGACCUGGGCCGACAAAUUGGGCUGAGGCCGGAGAAUGCGUGGGGAAUUGUGCGUGCGGUGCUGGACCUGUUAGAGGACAAGCCGGAUGGGAGAUACGUACUCCUUAAAGACCCAACUAAACCUAUUAUGCGUCUUUAUUCAAGACCAGAAGAAGAAGAAGAAAGAGAUGAUGCAAAUGGAGAAGCAAGAGACCAAGAAGAACCAACUGCAUAA